CAAGAAUUUUAUAUUUAAUAUAUAUAUAUAUUAUUAAAAGAAAAGAAAAGAAUUCAUUUGUUCAAUAGACCUUUUUGUUAUCUAGAACCAAUAUAAUGGCUAGCACAUUUAGUAACAUUCAACGCUUCUUUGGAAAAAAGACACCCGAUGAGCUUGUAAAGAAAUGGCGUCAAGAAAUUCGAGGACAGCAACGAGCGAUACAGAGACAAAUCCAGGCUAUUGAUUCAGAAGAGAUCAAGGUCAAGAAGGCAAUCAAACAAGUAGCCAAGAAAGGGGAUGUCAAAAGCUGCAAAAUGCUGGCUAAAGAACUUAUUCGGUCCCAGCGACAUAAGAACAGACUAUACACCAGUAAAGCCCAACUUAACUCGAUUGUUAUGCAGCUUGAACACCAGUUGGCUACACUCAAGGUUGCUGGCACACUUCAGAAGAGUGGUGAGGUUAUGAAACUAGUAAACCAGCUAGUUCGAUUACCAGAAAUUGCACAGUCAAUGCAGCAAAUGUCUAUGGAAAUGACAAAGGCGGGUAUUAUGGAAGAGAUGAUCGAGGACACAAUGGAAAUGAUGGACGAUGAUGACCUUGAGGAAGAGGCCGAGGAAGAAGUCAACAGUGUCCUGUUCCAGAUCACAAAUGGUAUGCUCGGCGAGGCUGGUACAGUGGGACCAGCAAUCGAGAAGCCAGAGGCUGUAUUAGAGUCCGAGUCGGAUGAAGAAGAAGGACCUGAACUUGACAUGAUGCAAAAGCGCCUUCAGGCAUUGAAGGGAUAGGACGCAUGCUCUGGUAUCACAUUUCCCAAUAAUUCUUCUUAUGAAUUAACUUAUCUUUUAACAAUAUAUAUAAUAUAUAUACAAAAUUCACACACCUACAAAUCAAUAAAGUUAACCUGAAAUACUCCCUCU